AUGUGUACGGGAAAGUGUGCCCGCUGUGUGGGGCUCUCCCUCAUCCCCCUCUCCUUGGUUUGUAUCGUGGCCAACGCUCUUCUGCUGGUGCCUAAUGGGGAGACUACCUGGACCAAGAAUCUCAGCUCGCAUGUCUGGUACAUGGCAGGUUUCAUCGGAGGGGGCCUGAUGGUCCUGUGUCCCGGAAUCGCAGCCGUUCGGGCAGGCGGCAAAGGCUGUUGCGGUGCAGGCUGCUGUGGAAAUCGCUGCAGGAUGUUGCGCUCAGUCUUCUCCUCGGCUUUUGGGAUGCUUGGUGCUAUAUACUGCCUUGGAGUAUCUGGAGCCGGGCUCCGAAAUGGACCUUACUGCUUCAGUAACAACACCUGGAGUAGCCCCUUCCAAGACUCUAAUGGAGAUUACUUGCUCAACCAUACUCUAUGGAGCCUGUGCCAAGAACCGCCUAACGUGGUCUGCUGGAAUGUCACGCUCUUCUCCAUGCUGGUGGCCGCCUCAUGCCUGGAGAUUGUGCUGUGCGGAGUGCAGCUGGUGAACGCCGCCAUUGGUGUCUUCUGUGGCGAUUGCAGGAAGAAGGAGGUUGGGUAG